ACGCAGCGAGCUGGCGGCGCGGGUCGGCCGGGGCGCGAGCGUGCGCAGUGGGUAUUAGGCCGUGGCUCCAGCCAGGGCGGCGGAGCUCGGGAGGAGCGGUGUGGACGGCCGGGGGCGGGGACGCUGGGCGGCGGGCGUGGCCGGAGUUGCGCGCCGCUGGCUGACGCGCGGUCCCGAUAGAAAGGAGAAGGAGGGGCCCCGGGGGUGACGGUGCGGAGCCGCUGCCAGCGCUGGGCUACAGUCGGCGGUCGUAUCUGAGGAGCAGGAGGGCCGGAGGCCGAGGCAGCGACGCGGGCACCCGGAUCCCCCGAGCGAGUGGCGGCAGCGUCUGGUCAGGCGGGAGACGCUGCCCAGCCGUGGCGGGGAAGAUGUUUAGCGUGGAGUCGCUGGAGCGGGCGGAGCUGUGCGACAGCCUCCUCACUUGGAUCCAGACAUUUAAUGUGGAUGCACAAUGCCGGACUGUGGAAGAUUUGACGAAUGGGGUUGUGAUGGCCCAGGUUCUUCAAAAGAUAGAUCCUGCAUAUUUUGAUGAAAAUUGGUUAAACAGAAUCAAAACUGAAGUAGGAGAUAAUUGGAGGCUAAAGAUAAGCAAUUUAAAGAAAAUAUUAAAAGGAAUCUUGGAUUAUAAUCAUGAGAUUUUAGGACAGCAAAUUAAUGACUUUACCCUUCCUGAUGUGAACCUUAUUGGGGAGCAUUCUGAUGCAGCAGAGCUCGGAAGGAUGCUUCAGCUCAUCUUAGGCUGUGCUGUGAACUGUGAACAGAAGCAAGAGUACAUCCAAGCCAUUAUGAUGAUGGAAGAAUCUGUUCAACAUGUUGUCAUGACAGCCAUUCAGGAGCUGAUGAGUAAAGAAUCUCCUGUCUCUGCUGGAAAUGAUGCCUAUGUUGACCUCGAUCGCCAGCUGAAGAAAACUACAGAGGAACUAAAUGAAGCUUUGUCAGCAAAGGAAGAAAUUGCUCAAAGAUGCCACGAAUUGGAUAUGCAGGUUGCAGCAUUGCAGGAAGAGAAAAGUAGUUUGUUGGCAGAGAAUCAGGUAUUAAUGGAAAGACUCAAUCAAUCUGAUUCUAUAGAAGAUCCUAACAGUCCAGCAGGAAGAAGGCAUUUGCAGCUCCAGACUCAAUUAGAACAGCUCCAAGAAGAAACAUUCAGACUAGAAGCAGCCAAAGAUGAUUAUCGAAUACGUUGUGAAGAGUUAGAAAAGGAGAUCUCUGAACUUCGGCAACAGAAUGAUGAACUGACCACUUUGGCAGAUGAAGCUCAGUCUCUGAAAGAUGAGAUCGACGUGCUGAGACAUUCUUCUGAUAAAGUAUCUAAACUAGAAGGUCAAGUAGAAUCUUAUAAAAAGAAGCUAGAAGAUCUUGGUGAUUUAAGGCGGCAGGUUAAACUCUUAGAAGAAAAGAAUACCAUGUAUAUGCAGAACACUGUCAGUCUAGAGGAAGAGUUAAGAAAGGCCAACGCAGCACGAAGUCAACUUGAAACCUACAAGAGACAGGUAGUAGAACUACAAAAUAGAUUAUCAGAAGAAUCAAAGAAAGCAGAUAAACUAGAUUUUGAAUAUAAGCGGCUAAAAGAAAAAGUUGACAGUCUUCAAAAAGAAAAGGAUAGACUGAGAACAGAAAGGGAUUCUCUGAAGGAAACCAUUGAAGAACUUCGUUGUGUACAGGCUCAAGAAGGGCAGCUCACAACUCAAGGGUUAAUGCCUCUGGGAAGUCAGGAGUCUUCAGACAGUCUAGCUGCAGAGAUUGUUACACCUGAAAUCAGGGAGAAACUUAUUCGUCUUCAGCAUGAGAAUAAGAUGUUAAAACUUAACCAAGAAGGUUCAGACAAUGAAAAAAUAGCCUUAUUGCAGAGCCUUCUAGAUGAUGCAAAUCUACGCAAGAAUGAACUGGAGACAGAGAAUAGGCUAGUGAAUCAAAGACUUCUGGAAGUACAGUCACAAGUUGAAGAAUUGCAAAAAUCUUUACAGGAUCAAGGCUCAAAAGCAGAAGAUUCAGUCCUUCUAAAAAAGAAGCUUGAAGAACAUCUAGAGAAGCUGCAUGAAGCCAAUAAUGAACUACAGAAGAAAAGAGCCAUUAUUGAAGAUCUCGAGCCAAGAUUUAACAACAGCUCCUUAAAAAUUGAAGAAUUACAAGAAGCUUUACGAAAGAAAGAAGAGGAAAUGAAGCAAAUGGAAGAACGAUAUAAAAAAUACUUAGAGAAAGCCAAAAGUGUUAUUCGUACUUUAGAUCCUAAACAGAAUCAAGGAGCAGCACCAGAAAUACAAGCUCUUAAAAAUCAGCUCCAGGAACGAGACCGACUAUUUCACUCAUUAGAGAAAGAAUAUGAGAAAACAAAGAGUCAAAGAGAGAUGGAAGAAAAAUACAUUGUUAGUGCCUGGUAUAAUAUGGGAAUGACUCUGCAUAAAAAGGCAGCUGAAGAUAGACUGGCAAGCACAGGCUCAGGGCAGUCGUUUCUGGCAAGGCAGAGGCAAGCGACCAGCAGCAGAAGAUCGUACCCAGGCCAUGUGCAGCCGGCUGCAGCAAGGUAGAAAAGUACUGCUGCUCAAACACAGCAGUACAGACACAUGCACCCACAGCAUACUUCUGUUACACACAACAUUUCAGGAAGCUCAGCCAGCUUAUUUUUUGUUUCUCUUCUAUGUCAAUACUUAGUGUUUCUCAUUCUGAGGACUUUUUCUCUCUCCUGUAACUUUGUUUUACUUUCUUUGGUUCUUAUUUUGUAGUCCUUUCAGUUCUUUUUAAUGUGCCAAAAAUUUGUACAUGUCCAAUUAAAAAUGUUGUAUAAUAGUGUAAUACUUUUCUUUGUAUGAAAAUGUCCUCUUCCUCAAAGGUGUAGGCUUUGUAAUGAAUUAGAUUUUCUGCCAAUAAUUAUAUACAAUUUAUAUUCUUUAUUGUGCCUGUGUGUUACCAUGCUUUAUAAGAAUGUCUUUGUUUAAAGGGAAUUAAUCUUUUUAUGAUGUAUUAAUCUGUGUUUUCAGUUGUUUUCCAAGUACAGUUCAAAUAACUUGCAUAUUUACUCUACAAAAUGGUUAACAGGUGUUCUUUUUGCAAAGACAUAAAUUCAUUGGCAGAGGUGCUAAGCAUAUCUUCCCUAAGGCACCUGAUAGAAUUAUUUGAAGAAAAAAGAGUUUUCACAUUGUUUUAUAGGAAAUUAAAUUUGCCCAAAGAUUUGGAGACUGUUUUGUAAGCAUAAAUACAUAAAAUUUCAUUAUUUCCUGCUAUCUGGUUUGCUGGUAGAAAUGAAUGUAUUGGUAAGGUAUUUUGGGAUAAAUUACAAAAGAAAAAAUAUCAGGCACUACAUUAAUUUGUUGUUGUUGUUUUGGAAUAUCUUAUGGAUCAGAUUCUAGCAAUGUGAUUGACAUUUAUAUUAUACCUUCCGUUUCUCUUCAUAUCUAAAAGAGUUAAUCUUUCAUAUAUGUACAAGUUAUUGGUAGCCUUACCUUUUGGACUAUUUGUUGACUUAUGCCUCAUUUGUUUUACUUAUUCCUUAAUAUAAACCCUUCCAUUUUUUAAUAAUUUCUAACACUUGACAUCUUAAUAUCAGUCAUUAACAUUAGUAACUUCUUAUAUGUUAUAUCAUGACAGAUCUCUUUAUGUUUUUUUCUCACAUCUAUCUGCUAGUCCAGGAAUUUGUUACUAAAUAGAUUCUCUUGGGUAUCUGGUUGCCUCAAAGUGCUUACAUUUGUUAACAGAUUGUAAACCCCGUUUAUUUACAUUGAUGAAUGGGCUGUCAAUGAGUAAUCGUUGUAAAGCACUUAUAUAUAAGCUGCUAUAUAAAUGCAAAAUAUCAUUCAUUUAAAAAUGAAAUGCCUUCUAACUUUCCAUAUUGACUUAUGUAUUUGGUCCCAAAUUAUAUUUAAGUUUUCCUCCAGUCUUUUUCUUGCAACAUAGUCCAUUUUUUGAAAGCAAAAAAUUUCUGAAAUAAGAUUAUGGUAUUUUUUAUUUUUAGAGAGGUCACCUAAUAUAGGAGGAUGUCUUCUCAUGUACUUGCUAUUUGGAAGUUCAGGUUUCAUUUAGUUAUUUAUGUUAAAUACAAAUAAGUAACCUCAAAUCAAGCUAAAUGUAAUUAAGAAUUUUCAGAAACUAUAUCAAGUGUUUGAUUUUUAAAUCCUUACUUUUUAAUAAGAAAGUUGACCUAAAAAUCAGUAGUAUUUUUGUUUGUCUUCAGAAGCCAUGGUUGAAGAAACAUAUUAGAAUAUACACAGAAAUGAAUCCAUACAUUCCAUACAUUGUGCUAAUUUUUUACAUUAAGUACAGAAGUCUGAGCGCAGCCUGAAUGCUUCUGCCUGAUGAGACCACAAAGCAGUCAGUCAGGGAUAAAUGGAGACAGCCAUGAGUAGAAUUGGUGUAAGGCUUCAGGAGGCUAUGCAGUCCUGAUCAAUGUAGAAAGUUUUGAAAGUAAAAGAUUAAAAACUAUUUCAGAGAGUUCUUACCCCUACCUGUAUUUCACAAAUAGCUUGAGGAUCCAACUGGUUUUUAAAACAAAUUGGGGCCAGGCCUGGUGGCUCACACCUGUAAUCCCAUUUGGGAGGCUUAGGUGGGGGUGGAUCACUUGAGGUCAGGAGUUUGAGACUAUUCUGGCCAACAUGGUGAAACCCCAUCUCUACUAAAUUACACAAAUUAGCUAGAUGUGGUGGCACAUGCCUGUAAUCCCAGCUUGGGAGGCUGAGGCAGGAGAAUCACUUGAACCCAGGAGGCAGAGACUGCAGUGAGCCGAAAUCGCACCACUGCACUCCAGCCUGGGUGACAUAGCGAGACUCCAUCUCAAUCAAUUAAUCAGUCAAUCAAUAAAGCAAACUGGGAUGUGAGCCCUAACCUUGGCAAGUUAAAAUUUGGGGAAAUAAAUAAAUAAAGCAAAUUGGGAUGUGAGCACUAACCUUGGUAAGUUAAAAUUUUGGGGAAAUUGUACCUGCAGAAUAUGAUCAAUGAAAACAAGAGCCGGGCACAUUGUCUUAUGCCUGUAGUCCCAGCACUUUGGGAGGUGGAGGCAGGCACAUCAUCUGAGGUAAGGAGUUCAAGAUCAGCCUGGCCAACAUGGUGAAACCCGGUAUCUACUGAAAAUACAAAAAAUUAGCCAGGCAUGGUGGCACGUGCUUGUAGUCCCAGUUACUCAAGAGGCUGAGGCAGGAGAAUCGCUUGAACCCCACUUGCCAUGACCUGAGGUUGCGUUAUUGUACCCCAAAUGGGUGACAAGAGCGAAACACUGUCUCAAAAAAAAAAAAAGUCUGUGAACUACUCACUGAAUGGAUUUUGUUCUGUGAGAUGGGAGGUUUUGAUUUUCAUUUUCUAUUUAUGCCCCCAGUCCUAGUCUCCUACCCAUCCAGCUACCCAGAUACUUUUCUCUGAGUUGGAAAGGCGCCAAGCUUUUACUUCUGACUUUUCUUUUUUUUUCCCCAAGAUGGAGUCUUGCUUGUUGCCCAGGCUGCAGUGCCAUGGUGCGAACUUGGCUCACUGCAGUCUCCACCUCCCAGGUUCAAGCAAUUCUCCUGCCUCAGCCUCCCAAGUAGCUGGGAUUACAGGCACCUGCCACCAUGCCCAGCUAAUUUUUGUGAGUUAAUAGAGACGAGCUUUCACCAUGUUGGCCAGGCUGGUUUCCAACUCCUGAACCUCAUGAUCCACCCUCCUCUGCCUCCCAAAGUGCUGGGAUUACAGGCGUGAGGUCACUGCACCUGGCCAUACUUCUGACUUUUCUUCAGCAUCUGUUAUAUGCUGUUAUUUUGAUGUUUACAUUUAAAACUUUCAUUCUCCUUUACUGUACCUAUAAAAUGUAGUAUAUUAGUUUCAUUACAUAGGAGAAAUUGUAUUUCUAAUCAUUUUAUGACAUUUAAAAACAAAGCAGGCUUUUGUAAAAAAAUAAGAUGAAAUAGCUUCUGAAUAUACUUUAGGUAUCAGAGAGCCAAAAAUAAAACUGAACUAUAACGGUGGCAACUCCAUGUCCUGUGUCCAGCUUUGGACAGGGUUUAUGACAUUUUUGUAUCUUUAGUAAUGAUUAAUGAUUUCUUAAGAGGUUUGUCAUGUUGUAUGGUCUAUCGAAGUUUAAGACACUAGGAGCUUUGUCUCAUUGUGAGUGAUGUUGUGCUGUAUUUUUGCAAACUACUGGCACAGCAGCUUCCUGAGCCACAUUGGCUUGUGCAGUGGAGCUUGUGCCAGCACCAGCAUGAAGUAAGUGCAGGGUUGCUGUGUUGGGUUGGACGCCAGCGUGAAGUAAGUGUAGGGUUGCUGUGUUGCGUUGGAGCAUGCUGUCACCACAGUGAAGUCUUAAAAACAGCAAGCUCAUUUUCUGUUUUCCUUAUAACCAGGGUGAGAAAAUACAAAAUAAAGAACUAAGGAAUAUUAAAGCCUAGCAUUUAUGUUCUACAGUGUGUUUUAAAAGUUUGUAAUCCAGAAAAUAUAGUAGUGUAUAUCUGAAAAGAAUAAGGUACACAAUUUUACAUAUAUAAAAGAACUUGAAAAACUCUGUCAUAUCUUUUACCAUUUGUCUAUUUGAUAGUAAUGCAGAAAAAGAAGUCCCUAAAGACUCUGUGUGUCAAAAUAUACCAAGAUUAACAUUUCUAUUAGACAUCCUUAACCUGCUAUAAUUGGUUUAAUGAGAUGAUUAGGCUAUAAUAAGGAUGAAAUUGCUGUCUGUAAUUUUGUUGAGGUUUUAUUGUUGAUAUAAUAAAAGCUUAACUGUACAAAAUUAAGUUAAAUAUUAUCUAGUCAGAAACAUCAGCCUGUAUAUUCCAGUAAUUCUCACAAAAGAAUGAAAAUUUAUGCUACUAUGCAAAUAGAUCAGUAGUGAGUGGUUCUUUUCUUUUCUUUUUCUGUUUUUUUUGAGACUGUUUGCACUGUCACCCAGGCUGUAGUGCAGUGGCAUGAUCUCGGCUCACUGCAAUCUCUGCCUCCUGGGUUCAAGCAAUUCUCCUGCCUCAGCCUCCCGAGUAGCUGGGACUACAGGUGUGUGCCACCAUGCCCAGCUAAUUUUUUUGUUUUUUAGUAGAGAUGGGGGUUUCACCAUGUUGGCCAGGUUGGUCUCCAACUCCUGACCUCAGAUGAUCCACGCGCCUCAACCUCCCAAAGUGCUGGGAUUAUAGGCAUGAGUUACUGUACCCAGCCUCCUAUCUCCUUUUCAAAAGUAGCAGUUUGGCUUAUUGUUGUUAGCUAAGUAAAGCUUUGAAAUAUUUUUCAACCUCUCUUGCUCCCUCACUAACAUUCAUCUGUUGUUUUAAUGAUAACAGCAUGUUAAAAACUUGGAAAUCUUUAUAAGAAUUAUCUUGAAACAGAAAUCUAAAUUAUUUUUCAAAAUUCUCUUAACUCUGCGUUUAGUCUUUUAUUGUCCAGAUUUCUGACUCCAGGAGGUUUAUAGUUAUCUCCAGUUGGAUCGUGUGUGAUUUAUCUGAAAAAGCAUCCACAACCCACAGCUAGUUAAAACCUAGCUAGUUUACAGCCACGUGGUUAAGAACAUCUUUGAGUCUAAAGUGAGAGGAGAGUACUAGCAUCUUGCUUUUUGCUGAGGGUAGAAUAACAACAUGAAGACAAAAUGCUCUUUGUUAUCUAUUCAUGAAACUGUAGAAGAAUAUUUUGAGUUUUUAUCCUUAUAUUAUGAAGGGAUUCUUUGCCUAGCAGUGGCGGUCAAACUGAUAUAGCAUUGUACUUCUUAACAGUGAAGCCUGUGUGAUACCCUACAGUAGGAUGAAGACUAUACUGAGCAAAAUAAAAUGGGAUGUCAGAAUCUUCGAAAAUUAUCUUAUCACUUUUUCUGUUUUUUUCAUUUUUAUAAAUCAGAAGGAUUUUCCAUUCAAUAAAGAUACUCUCUCUUUCUAUAAUUCUGUCAAAAUGGCAGUUUAUUUUUGUAAUUAUCCAACCAGAGGUUUCAGAGCUUAUUAUAACUAUAAUGAUUUGAAUGUUUUAUAUCACGAAGUUUUUUUCUAUGAGGAAGGCUAUUCUCAAUGUAUCUGUUACCCAAUGUUUUACUUUCUAUAAAGAACAUUUAAAUAGUAAUUGGUGUAUGUUCCUUUUAUUGAAAAUGUUUUAUUGUCCAGUUUUAGCACAGAAAUGGUCUAAAGUUUUGCAGCAAAUGCUGUUCAGUUCCCAGAAGCCUAAAAAACAUAACAUAAUAUGCUGCUAACAGAGUUAAUUUCUCCCCAAUCCCUCAAAUUACCGAAGUAUUAAUAUUUAGCUUUCUUUCUAGAAAACAAAGGGCAGUACAAGUGGGAUGGCAUCCAUCUCUUUUAAAUCACUGACGAUUUUCUGAGGAAGUAUGUAUAAAUUAUUUUGUUUUUUAAAUAGCCUUUUAUCAAACCAAUUCACGUGUAUUAUCUUUAUGACUGCAGAAACUUAUAAAACAUAUUUAAUUACUGUUGACUUAAAACAUGAGCAUCCUUGGAUUCUUUACAUUGCACUGAAAUUAUAGAAAAAGGGACAUUCAUUUGAGAAACAAGAGACCUGAACCUAAUUAUGGCAAGUAUAUGAGUUUUGGUGAUUGUGAGUGGUCGUAAAUGUUUCCUAUGAUAGAUAAAUAUGUAGAUCAGGAAUUAACUUGAAGUCUCUUCAGAAGUUUUCUGUUUUCUUACAAUUUCCAGUAAUACUCCGCAAGAUAAAUUUAUAGAUAUAGAUCAGGAAUUACUUGGUGUCUCUUCAGAAGUUUUCUGUUUUCUUACUUCCAGUCUGAAAGACUUGGUUUGCAUGCUGUGUGUGUUUGCAUGAGAAUAGGAAUCUAAGAUCAUAAUGGAAGGCUAUUAAGGCAAAUUCAUUCCUAGAAAGUGGAGUGGAUCAUUGGGAAAAGAAAUAGCCUAAUUAUAAACAAAUAUGCAGACAGAGGGAAGUCCUAAUACAAUGAAAGCUUGCACUAUCUAAACAAAUGUUCCCAAAGUAAAAGUUUGCAUAAAAUCUUCUGUCUUUAUUACAUGAUCAUUCAGUAAAAGAGUAGACAAAAAUCUUAUUUUCUAAUUGUCCUUCCCUUCAUUGAGUAUUAACUAGGCACAUAAUGUAAUUGUAUAUGUUUUUAGCAAAGGAAAAAACACUUGUUUUCAUUUUGAAACUGUUGAGCUAUUACUAAAGCUCAGAAAGUGAUUUUAGGUCUCUAAAGUGGUUUAGCUAAGCAUACUCUGAUUUGAUGAGAUGAGAAGAAAUCUACAGUGGCUGAAUAUCGUGACAAACUUGGUGUUACCUAGAUCUGCCUUAUCUAGUUUGCAAGCCUUAGACUCAAUUUUAUGUCCCUCUUAUUUACACAAAGUAUCCCCACACAGUUUUGUUCAAAAUGAAGGCAAAAGUAGGCAUUUUAAAAAUAUAUUCAACGUUGCGCCUUUAUGUAUCCUGAUUAUCUGCGGGCUCAGAAUUAGGUGCUUAGGAUCUGAAGAUGAGAUCACAGGUGUCCACGGCCUCAAAGUUUGGGUCCAUAGGACUAUCAAAUCUGAAUUAUAUCUACUUAGAGUUUAGAGAAGGAAUUAAGUGUCAUGAGAAAAGCAACUGCUAUAUAAGAAAAAGAAAACUACCAAAGCAUGUUAAAGCUUUAACAUGGGAGACUUCCAAGUGGGAGUUACCACUUGAGUAGUAACUAACUUGAUGAAGGAAAAUAAUUACUUUAGCAGUUAUGUUGUAAAAUUAAUAAAAAAGACAUGUUUAUUCUGAUGUAUUUGUCAACCCAUAGAUAGUGAUUACUACAUGUACAUUCUACAGUGUAUUUAUUUAGUGUCUUAAUAUUAUUUACUGUUACUUCUAGUCAUUUAUGUAGUAUAUUUUACUGUAAGAUUUAUAGCACUUUACUAAUAUUAGAUCAUUAUUUUCCCUCUUCCCCUCUACCUUUAUGGAAUUUUCUAUUAUCUUAGGAAUCUAAAGGUCUAAGUCUAGAAAUCUGUUCAAAGCUGAGUUGGAGCUACUGGGCAUGAGUUACUUUUUACAUGUCUCUUAAAAAAGACUCUUUUAUAAUGUAAUAUUUCGCAGCCAAAUCCUUUCAAAUGCAAACGCCCUUGAAACUUGAUGCUUUCUGAAGUUGUAUUCAUAAAAAAUGUCCCAUCUUAUUGUUAAUCAGAAGAUGUUCCUACCUUUGGUUUGCCUGCUUCCUGAAAUACAAACCUGUAGAUUGCCUCUAACUUCAGCAGUACCUCCAUCACUGCAUGUACCUAAAAACGAGAAAGCCGAAUUCCAGGAGCUGUCAAGUCAAGAGGAUCAGGAAAAUGGUGGGGAAGAGGUGACUGGAAAGGCAGGUACUAAAGAUGGCGGGCUGCAAAGCAUUCUGAGUUCCCUUGUAACAGAUAGGUUUUGUGAACUUGGCCAUUUUCUGUUUUUCUUUUCUUUUCUUUUUGAGAUAGAGUCUUACUCUGUUGCCCAGGCUGGAGUCCAAUGGCAUGAACUAGGCUCACCGCAACCUCUGCCUCUUGAGUUCAAGAGAUUCUCCUGCCUCGGCCUCCCAAGUAGCUAGGAUUACAGGAAUCUGCCACCACACCUGGCUAAUUUUGUAUUUUUAGUAGAGACAAGGUUUCUCCAUGUUGGUCAGGCUGGUCUUGAACUCCCGACCUGAGGUGAUCCGCCUGUUUCGACCUCCCAAAGUGCUGGGAUUAUAGGUGUGAGCCACCAUGCCCAGUGAACUUGGCCAUUUUCUUACAUUCAUAAUAGCAAGGUUUUCAGCUUGUUCUACCAAGAGACUUUUUUUAGGAGCCAGGACUUCUCCAUUUGUAACUUGACUAUAUUAAUAUUCAAAUCAUAGUUCAAAAGUACUGAAAUACUUGUCACAUAAAUAUGGACACAAUUACUGCCAAAGAAUAGAGAGAUUUGCUCAAAAGAACAUUCUGUCAGUUGUUUUGUUCUGUUUUUAGAGGAGAGAUGUGCUUUUUUUUUUUUUUAAAUAGACGGGGUUUAACCAUGUUGGGCAGGCUGGUCUUAAACUCCCCACCUCAGGUGAUCCGCCCGCCUUGGCCUCCAAAGUGUUUGGAUUACAGGCGUGAGCCACCACGCCUGGCCUGAGAUGUGCUUUUAUAGUGCAAGACGUUUCUCUUCUGCCUUACACCUCUGUUCUACUGACGUGUAGCUCACCUAGAACACAGUAAUGCUGAAAUAGAGAAGUCUAGACCCUGGCCUUUGAGGGAAAGGUCUGCUUUUUUUCUCUCCCAAAGUAAAAAAUUAAAAGUGAACCAUAACACAUAAGGAUGAAAUACAGUGUUCUGAAUAUCUUCCACUAAGUAAUUGUUGAAUGAGUAAGUCUCUAUUUUAACUUCCAUUUUCUGGUUAACCUAGACAAGAGUAGAUUAUAGAUAAUUCAGUAGCUGCAUGUGGCAGUUAAAAUUAAGUAAAAUUAAAACUAUAGUUUCUCAGUGGCCUAGCCACAUUUCAAGUGUUCCACAGUCACAUGUCAAUAGUGGUUACCUAUCAGCACAGAUAUAAAACAAUUCCAAUAUUGCAGAAAAUGCUAUUUGACAGCGUUUUUAAUGCCCAGAGAGAAAAUAAGAACAAAGUAAAGGCAGUGAAGUAACUUAAUACAACUCUGAAAUUUUACCACCAUACUUAGAAAAAUUUUUAUCUUAUAAAAGUUAAUACCAGUCCUUUUUAAGGACCUUGGAAAAAUCAAAACCCCAUUCCUUUAAGCUAGUCUUCAGUAUAUUAUUUUUUGAGAACAGAUUCUCAGUAUUUUAUUUUUCAAGUGAUAACAUUAUUUUAUAAAUCAUUUCUUAAUAUCUUCAGUGUUUUUUCUUUUUUUAUGUACUCAUUAAAUUGAUAUAUAAAUUGGGCAUGGUAGCUCAUUCCUGUAGCCCAAGCUACUCCAGAGAUUGAGAUGGGAGGAUGCUUAAACCCAGGAGGUUCAGGCUGUGGUGAGGUCUAAUCACACCUGGGUGGCAAAGCAAGACCCCUGUCUCUAAAAAAUAUAUAAUAUAAAUUGAUGUUAUAAAGCUAACAUUUAUCAAGCAAAUUUAUAUGAAUGCUUAAUUUAUUUCAAAUAAAGAUUGAUAAAUUUCUUGAUAUCCUAACUUUUAAAUUUACUUAGAUUCAAUGAAAAUUGCCAACAGUCUUUUUUGUUUGUUUCUGUCCCUUAAACAUUUCUCCUGAAAGUCGACCUCAAAAGUACAUCAAGGCACAAACAAUUUUUUUGUUUAUCUUCAUAGCUUCCUGCUCUUAUUAACUUGUAUUAUGAAUCACAUUAAGUUUUAUGUAUGAGGCAUUUACUAUUCCAGGGACUUAGCUAAUGAAAAGUAUUAAUUUACUUGGCCUGUUACUAAAGUGCUUAACAUAGCUAAAUGGAUCUAACAUGUCUAAAUUUUUUAAUAGAAAUAAGGAACUAACCAAAAUCCUUUUGAGUCAGCUUGGUGCUUAGUUAGAAUUAUUUUGUUAGGAAGUCUUGAUGCUUUCCUCUUUCUCUUUAAAUUUUUGUAAUCAAGCAACAGACUUGAUCCAGCAGUAUCAAAUUCUAAGCAAGUUAUGAUUAAAUUUUUAAUUGUAGUUCAAGUACAGGUGAGUAAGUGGUGUGACUUCAGUUUAUUAUCUUCUUGGUGACCUACUUUAAUAUGUAUUCUGUAGUGAUUCAUAUUAGUUAAGUAAAGUUUUCAAUAUGCUUGAAAUAAGAAAUAGCAUUUUACUCUGAAUAUAGGAAAUGACUGUACACAAAUGCCAAUCAGUGAUUUGGGGCCUUUUAAUAUUUUUAACAGCAACCUUUUAUUUAUUUAUUUGUUAUUUUUUUGAGAUGGUGUAUCCCUCUGUCGCCAGGCUGGAGUGCAGUGGUGUGAUCUCAGCUCACUGCAACCUCCACCUCCCGGGUUCAAGCAAUUCUCCUGCUUCAGCCUCCCGGGUAGCUGGACUACAGGUGCGUGCCACCACACCCAGCUAAUUUUUAUAUUUUUAAUAGAGAUAGGGUUUCACUAUGUUGGCCAGGAUGGUCUCGAUCUCUUGACCUUGUGAUCUGCCCACCUCGGCCUCCCAAAGUGCUGGAAUUACAGGCAUGAGCCACCGCGCCCGGUUCCAUCUUUUAUUUUUUAAUAGCCUUCGUUAUUUAUAAUUCAAAUGCACUAAAAUAUCAUCACUGUCAUGAACUUUGCUGUUUUACAGGUUCUGUGUAAUUCAGAAUGCUUUGUACUUAGAAAAUAACUUACUACGUUUAUUUUGUUUUGCAAUUUUCAUGUUUUGACAAUUGCCCACCAUUUAUAACACUCAAUUUUUGAUUAUGUAAUGGAUGGUAAAAUUUAAACAUAUCUAAUAAUAAUUUGCCUUAGUUUGAUUGAUAAAUUAUAUCAAAAAUUUGGGGAUAGAAAUAGGCUUUUUUUCCCCAUAGUAUUUUUUAAACUUUUUAGAUGAGCUGGACGACCUUAGUACAUUAUUGCUGGAGUUGUAUUGAGUACAGCCCCACCUCUGAAGCCUUAUAUUCAUGUCUUAAGUACUAUCGAUUAUUCUGUGAAUUGUUGUUAGUUUCAUAUUUGACAUUGUAGUAACCACCUUGCAUUUUAGUCUUUGCAAAAAGGAUAUAGCUAGGUAUAUUCUUAUUUCUGAUAGACUAUUGAAUUUACAUUUUCACAAUUUCAUUCUUUGUCAUUAUAAUCCAAAAACAAUGUCCACAUCGGACCUGGAACUUAUCACUUCAAAAAUGAAAUACAGAUUUAGCAAUGUUGUACAUAAUAAUGUUCAAGCAUUUUUCCACCUGUUUACUGAGUUUUCCAACCAUUUACUAUGUGUUGAGAUUGGUGGGUUUUCUUGCUGUUUUUCUGAGGUGAAUGACUAGUUAAAGAGCCUCAGUAAGAAAUUUUAACUAAAAUCACAAAAACAUAAAGUCCAGGAAACCACCAGAAGAUGGAUUUUUAGUGUUUUUGAAAUCUUAUAUUUUGAUAUCACUUACUCCUUUUUAUUUUCCGACUGCCAAUUAAUUAUGGUAUUAUAUGUAUGUGUUUAUAUGUAUGCAUAUAAUAUAUGUAUAUGUAUAUGAAGAAUAAAGUUAAGAUUUGGUCAAACUAUAUUUUCCCAUUCAAGUACAAAAAUGUUUUCAAGGCUGCAAAAAGUGUACAGUUGUUAAACAAGUUGUAAAUAAAGACUUGUAUAAAAAUUCA